CUCUUGACCCCCGAAAUCUCCGAGAGAUGAACAAGUCGCCUCUAUCAGUCGUACCGAGGCUGAUUCCCGGUUGUGCAAACAAGGCACAGCGCCAAGCCGUGCAGCCUGGAACGAGGUCUGAGAUGAACUUGACCGAGGUAGUAUGCCGCGUGCUUCGCGUGGUGAGGUUGACUGCUUGUUCUGCGCUCCAACAGCCACCCACGGCCCGGAUACCAGUUCGUCAUGGCACCGUCUACCAAACCCGGACCAACGGACCUGAAAGCAAGCGAAUCAGCGCCCCACGCAUUCCUGAAUUGCUCGAGGAAAGCUGAAGAUGAGACCGACAGAGUCACCAGUCUGCAGCAGGGCCUCCGACUUCACCAGAAAGAUAUCAACACCACGAAGAUAUCAACAAGCACAAGACCGUCAACCCUCCCAUUUACCCCGUACCAUCGUAAAACCCGGCAGUGACAAGCACAUAGUGCGGAGGGC